AGGGCGCCUGCGCGUUCGUGGAGCCGGUGGUGGCGCUCGGCCGCGGCUUUGCUCUCCUGUGCGCGGCGGGCGCGGCCAUGGCAGAGUCGGGGAACCCGCUGAAGGAGCAGAAGUACGACCGGCAGCUGAGGUUGUGGGGUGACCAUGGGCAAGAAGCUUUAGAAUCUGCUCAUGUUUGCCUGAUAAAUGCAACAGCUACGGGUACUGAAAUUCUUAAAAACUUGGUACUACCAGGUAUUGGUUCAUUUACAAUUGUGGAUUGCAAUCUGGUCAGUGGAGAAGAUGCUGGAAACAAUUUUUUCCUUCAAAGAAGCAGUAUUGGCAAGAACCGAGCUCAAGCUGCCAUGGAAUUGUUACAAGAACUAAACAGCGAUGUGUCUGGAAAUUUUGUGGAAGAGAGUCCAGAACACCUUCUAGACAAUGAUCCUUCGUUUUUCUGUAGGUUUACUGUUGUGAUUGCAACUCAACUUCUAGAAAGUACUUUACUUCAUCUAGCAGAUGUCCUCUGGAAUUUCCAGAUCCCUCUUUUGAUCUGCAGGACAUAUGGACUGGUUGGUUACAUGAGGAUCAUCAUAAAAGAACAUACAGUAAUAGAAUCUCAUCCAGAUAAUGCAUUGGAGGACUUACGCCUAGACAAGCCAUUUCCUGAACUGCGAGAACAUUUUCAGUCUUACGAUUUGGAUCAUAUGGAAAAAAAGGACCAUAGCCAUAUUCCAUGGAUUGUGAUCGUUGGUAAAUAUUUAGCUCAGUGGUGUAGUGAGACAAAUGGACGAAUACCUAAAACAUAUAAAGAAAAAGAAGACUUCAGAGAGUUGAUUAGACAAGGAAUCCUAAAGAAUGAAAACGGGACUCCUGAAGAUGAGGAGAAUUUUGAAGAAGCUAUUAAAAAUGUGAACACUGCACUUAAUACAACACAGAUCCCAAGCAGUAUUGAAGAUAUAUUUAAUGAUGAUCGUUGCAUAAAUAUCACCAAACAGACACCAUCAUUUUGGAUCCUAGUUCGUGCCUUAAAGGAAUUUGUGGCCAAAGAAGGUCAAGGAAAUUUACCUGUUCGAGGCACAAUUCCUGACAUGAUUGCAGAUUCAGGAAAAUAUAUAAAACUGCAAAAUGUUUACCGUGAAAAAGCAAAGAAAGAUGCUGCUGCUGUGGGUAAUCAUGCUGCCAAAUUGCUACAGUCCAUUGGCCAGGCACCAGAGUCCAUUUCAGAGAAAGAAUUAAAGUUGGUCUGCAGCAAUUCUGCAUUUCUUCGAGUGGUAAGAUGUCGAUCCUUAGCUGAAGAAUAUGGGUUGGAUACAAUUAACAAGGGUGAAAUUAUUUCCAAAAUGGACAAUCCAGAUAAUGAAAUAGUAUUCUAUUUAAUGUUGCGGGCUGUUGACAGAUUUCAUAAGCAUCAUGGUAGAUACCCAGGAGUGUCUAAUUAUCAAGUUGAAGAAGACAUAGGAAAGUUGAAGUCUUGUCUCAUUGCCUUCCUUCAGGAAUAUGGGUUAUCUGUGAUGGUGAAAGAUGAUUAUAUCCAUGAAUUUUGUCAUUAUGGAGCUACUGAGCCACACACCAUCGCUGCCUUCCUGGGGGGAGCUGCUGCUCAAGAGAUUAUCAAAGUAAUCACCAAACAAUUUGUAAUUUUUAAUAAUACUUACAUUUAUAGUGGUUUGACACAAACCUCAGCAACUUUCCAGUUGUAGAAUAAGCACCUUAUGUUAUAUGUUAAUGAUUGAAACUGUAGUUGUCUUCAGAUUGCCUUGUAGUCUGUAAAACUAAGCUGAAGGAAAGCCGUGAGAUGGUUUCCUUAAUAAACGUUUUUCUCAUUUGUAA